AUCGAGCGGUGUCUCCUAUAGCUGAGCCUGAGUGACCCUGCCACACCGACCAAAUCCUUUACUAAUCCACCCCCACCCCUGUGUUCAACCGCACGGGUCACCUGUACUGAGCCUACAGUAGAUCCUCAGCCUGGGUGUUGCUGUCUCCUAUGGACUUUGAAAGUUAUCUUUAAUUUCUUUCUCUCAUGUUUUCUGGGAAUUCUUCUGAUUUUCAGUGAUUCCGGAUGUCUUUUCUCUUGAUCUCUCCUCGAUGUGAACUUUUUGGGAGCAUUGGGUGACACCAUGCAUCGACUGCUGUGUCUGCAUGUAUUCCUAUGCUGUCUCAGUAUGGCUCUGCCUUUUUGUCCCUCACAGUGCACCUGUGUCUUUCAUGGACGCACGGAUGGAACGGGAACCAGAUCUGUCCUCUGUAAUGACCCAGACAUGUCUGACAUCCCUGUCAAUGUCCCAGUGGAUACAGUCAAACUCCGCGUAGAGAGAACUGCAGUACGGCGUAUCCCAACCGAAGCUUUUUACUAUCUGGUGGAGCUACGUUACCUUUGGAUUACCUAUAAUUCCAUUACAUCUGUUGACACAGGCAGUUUUUACAACCUGAAAGUGCUCCACGAGCUGAGGCUGGAUGGGAAUAUGAUUUCAGUUUUCCCUUGGGAGUCCCUCAAAGAGAUGCCAAAGCUGAGGACACUGGAUCUUCAUAACAAUAGACUUACCAGUGUUGCCCCUGAGGCCAUUCCAUACCUUGUCAAUAUCACCUAUUUGGAUCUAUCCAGCAACAAACUGACUACCCUGCCCUCUGACCUCAUGGAUAUCUGGCCACCCUUUAACGGUGUCCCUAUCUCUUCUAAUGCCUAUCAAAAAGUCAUUUUAGGCCUUCAAGACAAUCCCUGGCUCUGUGACUGUAAAAUCUCUAAGCUGAUUGAGAUUUCCAGGAUGGCUGACACACCUGUGAUUUUGACAGAUUUAUUUUUGACCUGCACAGCACCAGAGACCCUAGCAGGUGUUCUUUUUCAGCGUGCUGAGCUGGAGAAUUGCGUAAAACCAUCAGUGAUGGCGUCUGCAACCAAGAUAACUUCAACAUUAGGCAGCAACGUCCUCCUGCGAUGUGAUGCCUCAGGAUCUCCAACACCAACUCUUUAUUGGACCAAAUCAGAUGGUUCUCCGGUCAACAAUACAGUCCAGGAGUCACCUGGGGAAGGCAUUAAUUGGUCCAUUAUGAGCUUGCAUGGAAUAGAACAUAAAGAUGCUGGGGACUACAGUUGUACAGCAAAGAAUGUUGCCGGCACUGCAAAAGCCACCAUAUCUCUAACCCUGGCCGGUACCAUAAGCACUACUGCGCCCUCAAUCCGACCCGGUGCUGAGACUGAACCGACCAAGCAGGCCACAGGGAUCACUCCUUUAGCGGACAAUUCCAAAUCACCUAUUACAGCACCAACUGCAAUUCCAGGAUCACUAACUACACUUUCUGUUGGCCCAAAGUCACCCAAACCAGUAUCUGGCAACGGUUUUCAGAAAGGUCUGCUCAAGGAGACAAAAAACCAACCAGGAGGUGAUGGAAGAAAAUUUGCAGCAGAUGAAAAGAGCAAAAAAAGUGGCAGUUCAAGAUCUGUUAAGGACCUGGAAAUUGUAGAGCAGACAGCUGACAGUGCAGUGUUGCUCUGGACAGCAGGGGGAUUACUAAACGAUGCAGCUCUCACGGUUGUAUAUUCCCCAUAUGGUGAGGAUGACAGUAAAAGGACAGUGGAAACCAAAGCUGGAAGCGGAAAAGUGCUCCUUGAUGGUCUGUCUCCUGGAAUGAGAUACUCAGUUUGUCUUGUAGCAAAGGUGAGUGCUGCUAAAAAAGAUCCCUGCAUUGACUUCUACACAGAAGACAGUGAGCAGAACAAACUUUUCUUUAUCAUAAGCGGCAUCGCCUGCAUUUUGGUUUUGCCGUUAAUUGCUUUACUUGUCUACAAAAUUCUCGCUCUUUACUGUAAGGGACACAACUCACCUUUAGAUGAAAAUGAGUUAGGAAGGGAGAGCUAUGUCAAAUUUGAGACAAUCUCAAUGAAACAAAGAACUUUUAACUCACACCCAUGUGAACUUUGGGCAAGAAGACCAACAAAUGAAUCUGAGCGGCUAUUGCUGUGCUCCCGGUCAAGUAUUGACUCUCAGAUGACCUACAAGAGUGAUAGUUCUCGGUCUGAGUAUCUCUGUUGAUGUCAAAACACAUUGCCAAUACACUAACAAUAUGCUGAUACACCUGCCUUUCAAGAUUUUGAGGAAUAACCAUGAAAUAUACAUAGAUAUUUAUGACUGUUUUGAACUUUACUGUCAAUGGGCUUUAAAGAAAGAAUGUGAUUUGCUGCAAGAAUUAUACCUAUUUAUGAUCAUUUAGAAGAGUGCUAACAAGAAAAGCUCUGUGAUGGGAAGCUUAAAGGGCCCUCUGUCAACCCGUAUCUCAGCCUUAUUUUUCAUGCAGAAAUUAUGCAGACAUUUGGGCUCAUUCAUUUAUCACAGAAUUGUUUGUUUUCUUCAAUGCCAAAACUGUUGGUGUGAACGUUGUGGUAAUCUCAGAAGACCCAUAACAUUCUUCAUCUCAUCCAGUGCAUCAUAGUUUCUGUAAGGAUCCAGCUCAUUGUUGCCUUUCCACACAAAGACAUUCAGUACUGUUGGUGUGUUUAUUGAAACACAAUAACUGAAUCAUUUGAUAAAUAUGCCACAUUAUAUUUUCUAUGUAAUAAAAUGUUUUCUUUGUUUUAAACUAAAAAUUGUUAUU